UACAACAAGGAAGUGACCGUUUAUUGUCAAGGAAAAUAACCACCGGAUACCUCCUCCUCGGGUCAGGGGCCGCUUCGAUCGGUUACUGGGUGUCGGAGGGGCAGGGGGGGAUACAGUCACCGUGGACUUGCCCGUUUGUGAUCGUCUGGAGGGAUUCUGCAUUUAGCCAGCUAGCUAGCUAGCGAUGAACACGGACGUUGAAUUCCACAUCAGGCAGAAUUACCCGUGGACCAAGCUUCCAGCCAACGUCAAGCAGAGUUUGGGGAACUCACAGCGCGAGUAUGAGAAGCAGGUGCUGCUGUACAGCAUCCGCAACCAGCUGCGAUUCCGCAAUAACCUAGUGCGCCACGUGAGGAAGGAUGAACGCAAGUAUUAUGAGGAGCUCCUGAAGUACAGCCGGGACCAUCUGAUGCUGUACCCCUACCACCUGUCUGACAUCAUGGUCAAAGGGCUGCGGAUCACUCCUUUCUCAUAUUACAUAGGAAUCAUGGAGGAUAUCAUGAACAGUGAGAAGAGUUAUGACUCCUUGCCCAAUUUCACUGCCGCUGACUGUCUGCGGCUGCUUGGCAUCGGGCGAAACCAGUACAUUGACCUAAUGAACCAGUGCAGGUCUUCCAAAAAAUUCUUCCGCAGGAAAUCGGCGCGGGACCUGCUCCCGGCCAAACCAGUGGAAAUCUCCGUGGAGCCGUGGUGGACGGCACAGACGGGCUACAUCACCGAGGACGAUAUCAGGAUCUGUUCUCCAGCAGAGAAGAAAGCCAUUGAUAAGAUGAUAGACUCUGGUCCUCAGCUGACUGGAUCCACGGAGUACAAUGUGGUCCUAAGCUUGUACAACCGGGGAUACAUCUAUCUGGAUGUUCCAAUAUCUGAUGACAGCUGCAUCUCAGUGCCCCCGCUGGAAGGCUUUGUCAUGAACCGCGUCCAAGGCGAUUACUUUGAAACGCUGCUCUACAAAAUCUUUGUGUCCAUUGAUGAGCAGACAAACGUAGCGGAGCUGGCAAACGUGUUGGAGAUUGACUUGGGCUUAGUCAAGAAUGCAGUUUCCAUGUACUGUCGUCUCGGCUUCGCUGUAAAGAAAGGUCCGGUGAUCAGUGCGGAGCAGCUCCACCCCUCCUGGAAGAAUGCCCCGUCUCUCAACAGACUCAAAAGCACCGUGGACCCCCAGAAGAUGCUUCUGUCCUGGGAGCAGGGGAGUCCUGUCAUGGAGGGAGGCUCCUCAGCCACCGACACAGACACCACUAGUCUGGAAGAAGCAGACGCAGGAAGCGUAAGCAGUCUGAGCAUCCCAGCUGCACCCACAAAGAGGAUUGCCUUCCUCUUUGACUCCACCCUCACAGCCUUCCUCAUGAUGGGCAACCUCUCUCCGAACCUGAAGAGUCACGCAGUGACCAUGUUUGAGGUGGGUAAGCUGUCGGAUGAGACUCUGGACAGCUUCUUGGCUGAGUUGGAGAAGGUGGAGAGCACAGCUGAGGGCGAGGCCCAGCGUUACUUUGACCACGCUCUGACCUUAAAGAACACCAUCCUGUUCCUGCGCUACAACAAAGAACUUACUCAGGACCAGGGACCUGAUAUGCCAAAUAUAGGUUUCCCCUUGGACAUGUUGCGCUGUGAGAGCCUGCUGGGUCUGGACCAGGCCACCUGCAGCCGUGUCCUCAACAAGAACUACAAGCUGCUGGUCUCCAUGGCGCCGCUGAGCAACGAGAUCAGGCCCAUCAGCAGCUGUACGCCUCAGCACAUUGGCCCAGCUAUCCCUGAGGUGAGCUCCAUCUGGUUCAAACUAUAUGUGUACCAUGUGACCGGCCAAGGCCCGCCCUCUCUGCUGCUCUCGAAAGGCUCCAGGCUCCGCAAACUGCCGGACACAUUCCAGGUCUACGACAGGUUGUUGAUCACCUCCUGGGGUCACGACCCCGGAGUGGUGCCUUCAUCCAACGUGCUGACGAUGCUCAACGACGCCCUCACACACUCGGCUGUACUGAUCCAGGGUCACGGAAUGCACGGCCACGGAGAAAUCGUUCACAUCCCUUUUCCUUUUAAUGCAGAAGAUCUGAAAGGAGAGUUCUCCUACUCCAACAUGUGUGUGCACAAGGCGCUGCAGAAGCUGAAAGAGAACGUGGACCUGGAGCACCAGUGUGGCUACAUCACCAUGCUCAAUGCCAACAACAGGCACCGCCGCAGGGCCAGCGACAGUGCAGAGUGCAGAGGGGACACCCAUCUAGGUGGAGGCCUGGACAACCACGGCAGCACCGAGUCAUUUGAGCUUGUGACGGACGAAAAUAACGGGGAAAUCAAAGGAAAGACGGACCCCUUUUCGUCUGAAGAUGAGUGGGUCCCCCUUGAACUCUGCUUCGGCAUGCCCCUCUUCAGCUCCGAGCUCAACCGCAAAGUGUGUCAAAAGAUCGCCUCACACAAACUGUGCAGCAACGAAAGCCUUCAAGAGCUGCUGCACUCGAGCCGAAAGCUAUCGCUGAAGGUGUUGAGCUUCGUCCAGUCAUUCCAGGACGGCAUGCAGCCCUCCGACCUGGACAGCGGCGUGUCGAACCCUCUCAGUCAGCCCCCAGCGGAGUCUGGUGUCCCCCUGCCCGCCCUCAACCUCAUCUUCAAGGACGGGCAGCUGAAGGAGUGGAGCGGACGGGCCCCUCCUCCCCUGGACAUCACAGCUCUGCAGAAGGACCAACGCACAUAAGCCACCCACCCCUCAAUUAUUCCAGAUGCAGGUCACUACUAAAAAAAAACAAAAAACAAAACUAAUUCAUCAAAAAACACCAUCCUCCCACUGAGGAAAAAAUGCUAUUUGAGUUCCAACCGAGCACCUUGUGUAUCAGUAUCCAGUCAUGGGAACACAAGCCCUAGCACUUCAUUCUCUUACUGUAUGAGGAACCGUCCUUCUGACUGGGCUGCCGACACUAUUUCAAAUAUCCCCACCGACUCCUCAUAUUGGUAGCAGGGCAGUGUUAUCUGAUGGCGUGGUGCUAUUAUGACAGCAGCAUACAACCCGGAGGAUCACUUGACUGCCCCCCCCCCCCCCCCCCCCCCCAAAGCCUACUCUUCAAUCAAUGGAUGCUCUUUGAGGGCGGAGUGUUAAGUGGAUAAUAAUUGUGUAGAUGUUCUCAAAAUGACCCACAGAAUAAACAAUGAAGUGUUGAACAGACAUUUUCAGGUAUUCCGAACAAUAUGCAUAUUCUAAGAUCAAGUUCUUGGACUUAUCAGAGUCUAUAUACAGACCCCCCCUGCCCCUGUUGUUCCACGUUAAGUGAUCUAAUGCAUGAUACUGUUGCACUACUCAUACCAUAAAAGAAUACUUUUGUCUUUCCUUGUUAUCAAUAUUGGGGGCAUUUAUUAUUUGCACUGUGCAGGAUUCGUCCAAUCCUUUGGAUGAAGUAAUGUCAUGUAAUUUUCUUUUUUUAAACUGGAUCCUUUGUGCUUACGGUUUUAGAGUUCACCACAAAGAAGUGUUUCCUCUUUGACAUUGACAGGGCAUUGGCGAAAUUGCAUUCUUUUUUUUUGUUAUUCCUAUUAUUUCUCAGUAUAAGAGAACACCAAAGACCAUUUUCUUUUCCUAUAUACUUUUUUUUUAAAUCUUCAGUUUUCUUUUAUUCUGCUGCCUUAUCAAUCAAAAAAACAACCAUUUCCUUGCUUGUGUUUAUUUUUUUCUUCCUUUUUUUGAGGUACAAAUACAAAAAUUACAUGAUAUUUAAUGAUUUAAAUAAAAAAAGAAAUCCACAUUAUUGGGCCACAAACUACCAACUAUUGUGAAGAAUUUGACCAGAUUAAGCAAGUGUAACUAAUUGCACAGAACAGGAACAGUCAGGUCUGUGUUUGACCCGGCUGCCACGGUUUCCUGCCAGUAUUUCUCUCUGGAUCCGCUCCAGGUUUUUGUGCCGGGCCGUGCCGUGCGCUGUUGGCCAGCCCAAUAUACUCCAAGGGAAUCUGUUUACGCCAUGUUUAAAAAAAAAAAAAAGUCUAGCGAGAAGACAACUUCGCUGUGAAGGCCUAGACCCCCGGGAUGGAAAUGCACGUGCUCUGCCCACCCUAUCAGAGACGUCGUGGCCCAGAAAGUGUCGAAAAUCUGACACAGUUUAGUGUGGCUCCAAUAAUAUAGAGUUCCUUUUUGUUGCCCCCAGAAUGCUGAGCUACUUUGUUUGUGUCCUUUUUUUAUUUUUUUAAGUAUUCAGUAUACUGCAGUUUUUGACCCAUUUGUGGUUGCUGUUUCUAAUAAUGUGAUGCUGACAUUGAAAAAAGAGACAAGGUCCCGUUGAAGCAUGACGACAAUGUAUAAACUGUAGUGUGUAUGUUGUGUAUGCGUGUGUGUUGUACACCUCACUAUUGAUGUGUUUCAUACAGACCUACCUUUCACAAUAAGUGAAUCAGACCUUCCUGUCCGUUAUCUUGAUGCAGUUCUCGAGCAUCUCACUUAUCCCCCAUCCGCCCCAAGUUAUACACAUCUACCAGUGUUUAAAAAAAACAAAAAAUGCUAGUUUUGUAUGUCAGUCUAUAUUUUAGCAAAUCUUUGUUGUAGCUUGUUUAAUGGGACUGUGAAUACCAAUGAUUGAGUUAAUAAUAACAAUGCUCUUGUAAUUAAAUGGAUUUAAAAAAAAAGAAAACGACAUUCCUUCGAUAUGCCUUUCCUCCAUCCCUGCGCAAUUUCCCCUCUGCUCCAGAUACAUGUUAUUGAUACAAAUACCUAUGUAAAAAGUAUGGAAAUAUGAAUAAAUAUAAUAGAAUAAGAACAAA